GGACACUUCCCGCGGAGGGACUGUCCCGUGGCAGCCGGCGGGCCGAGAGCGACGCGGAGGGCGGGGAGCGGCGGCGGCGAUGGACGACCACAGCCUGGACGAGUUCCGCCGGCGCUGGCAGGAGGAGCUGGCGCAGGCCCAGGCGCUCAGGAAGCGGCGGCGGCCCGAGACUGCAGAGCGGCGGCCGCGGCGGCCCGAAGUGGCUCUGGGGCGCGGCGAGCAGGCCUCGGGGUACCUGGCGCUGGCCCAGGGCCUCCUGGAGGGCGCGGGGCGGCCCCCGGCUCCGCGGGCGACCCGGGCCGAGAGGCAGGACGCGGCGAGCCGCUCCCGCUCCCCUCCGGCCCGCGAGGCCGCGGGGGGCGGGGAGCAGCUGGUGGACCAGCUCAUCCGAGACCUGAAUGAAAUGGAUGACGUGCCCUUCUUUGACAUCCAGCUGCCUUACGAACUGGCAAUCAACAUAUUUCAGUAUCUGGACAGGAAAGACCUGGGAAGGUGUGCACAGGUGAGCAAGACGUGGAAGGUGAUUGCCGAAGACGAAGUGCUUUGGUACCGGCUGUGCCGGCAGGAAGGGCACCUUCCCGAGAGCAGCAUCUCUGAUUACUCGUGCUGGAAGCUCAUCUUCCAAGAGUGCCGAGCCAAGGAACACAUGUUAAGAACCAACUGGAAGAAUCGCAAAGGUGCCGUGAGCGAACUGGAGCAUGUUCCCGAUGCGGUUUUGUGUGACGUGCAUUCCCAUGACGGCGUUGUCAUUGCCGGAUAUACAUCAGGGGACGUAAGGGUGUGGGACACCCGCACCUGGGACUACACAGCCCCUUUCCUGGACUCAGAGUAUGAGGAGGACGAGCCUGGAAUGCAGCCAUAUGUCUCCUUUGUGAGGAUAAACGGCUCGCUGGCGGUAGCGGCUUAUGAGGAUGGGUUUCUUAAUAUCUGGGAUCUAAGGACCGGAAAGUAUCCCAUCCAUCGUUUUGAGCAUGACGCAAGAAUACAGGCACUAGCCCUCAGCCAGAAAGAUGCAACGGUUGCCACAGCUUCCGCUUUUGAUGUUGUAAUGUUGCGCCCCAACGACGAGGGCUACUGGCAAAUCGCGGCAGAGUUCGAAGUUCAGAAACUGGUUGACUACCUUGAAAUCGUUCCAGAUACCGGAAGGUAUCCUGUGGCAGUGGCCACAGCUGGAGAUCUGGUAUACCUGCUGAAAGCUGAAGACUCUGCCAGAACCCUCCAUUACGUCUAUGGCCAGCCGGUCACAUGUCUGGAUGUCUCGGCCAACCAGGCUGCUUUUGGUGUGAAGAGUCUGGGAUGGGUAUACGAAGGAAACAAGAUCCUGGUGUACAGUCUGGAGGCAGAGCGCUGCCUCUCGAAGCUGGGUAACGCGCUCGGGGAUUUCACUUGCGUCAACCUCAGCGACAGCCCUCCCAACCUCAUGGUCAGUGGCAACAUGGACAGGAGGGUGAGGAUCCACGACUUCCGCACUGACAGAAUCGCCCUGUCGCUCUCCGCCCACCAACUGGGCGUCUCUGCAGUGCAGAUGGACGACUGGAAAAUCGUCAGUGGAGGCGAAGAAGGCCUGGUCUCGGUGUGGGAUUAUCGGAUGAACCAGAAGCUGUGGGAGGUGCAUUCCAGGCACCCCGUCCGCCACCUGUCCUUCAACAGCCACAGCCUCAUCACGGCCAACGUGCCCUACGAGAGGGUGGUACGCAACACUGACCUGGACUUCACGGCCCACAGGAGAAGCUGCGCACUUAGGCGGCCGCGCAGCAAAGCGUGCGCGUCGCGAUGCUCCCGCCGCGGUUACACUCCCGGUGACGGUGGCAAAGCCCCCUCCGCCUGCUCCAUCUGCUGGGGGACCCCGUUCCCAACGAGGGAGAGACCCCCGUGCAGGCACCGCGGGCUGAUCCACGCCUACGAGUUCGCGGUGGACCGGCUGGCCUUGCAGAGCACGCUGCCCGUCUGCCGUUCGUCCGCGGACCCCACGGCCGGCCACGGCUAUGCCCUCGCGCUCGCCUUCCCCCAGGACCGGAGUUAGGCGCGAGCCUCCCUGCGGCGCGGGGAGAAGAGCGGGAAGAACCACGCCUGCCAGAUUUGGAAACUCCCGGGGAGGAGAACACGACCCCCGGGUGCACUCGUCUGACCCCACACAUGCCUCAGCUGCCUUUGCCUUCCUCCGCUGCCUGUUCGUUUUUCUGUAGCUGCCUGUGGAAAGCGGGAGCCUGUCGCGGCUUGUCUCGUCUGUUUUCUGGGUGCUCUGGUCCUCCUCCGGGGCUUUCUCACUCACGCUGUACCUCCUCCCCCCGCCCCACCCAGGCCCCUCUGUCCGGAUACCGUGUGGACCUCUCCCUACGUCUGUACACUACAGUCCAGGGCCCUGCUCACCUGCUGCCGCCAUCGUUCUGGUCUUCAAGCCCUUUCUCCAGGGGGAGGGGAGGUGCCUGAGCUGACACGGCCCCACCUCCCCUGGACCCGAGAGCACAUACUCACUCGGGCUGGUCCGUGAUGCCACCACCCGGCGUAGACUUGGGAUCACAGGCCUGUUUCCUCCUAGUUCUUAACCAUGAUUCAUAAUUAUAUAUUUAUACAAUUGCA